AUGUUCCAGAAACUAGAAACCCAAGAGGACCUUCCUACUUCGCAGGACUUCCCCCUAGGCGCCGGCUUACCUCUGCCGGACAUUCCCUUCGGACUGCCGUCGCCGGAAGACUUCCCCGCUCCUGAAGGGGACAGGUGCUCGAGGAUAUGCCCUUACAACUACCAGCCAGUCUGUGGGUCUGACGGAGUCACUUACACGAACGAAUGUACCUUCCAAGUAGCGUCCUGCAAGGACCCAAACCUCUCCUUGGAGGGCACUGGUUUCUGCGCUUCCAUAUCUCUAGGAACACCUGCAUUCUCUCCUCCCCCUCCUUCCCCUCCACUUGGGGAACUCCCGAAAUUGGACGACACCCCUGGCAGUGGCGUCAUUCCAUUCCCCCCUGAAACCGACCCCUUCGGUGGUGACUUCGGAGGAGAACCUGCGGUCUUCGAGCCUCUGCUGCCCUCUCCCGCCGAGGGAUGCCCAGAAGCCUGUACCAAGAUCUACGACCCUCUGUGUGGCACGGAUGGAGUGACUUACAAUAAUAAGUGCCUCUUUGAAAUCGCCGUCUGCAAAGGGUCCACUUCAGGCCUCCUCCUCAGUGUGGCUUCUGAUGGACCUUGUGGUUCUGCCUUGUCACCAGCCGACCCCAGUAUCUUGGAUUCAGUCGACCUUCGAGUCCCAGAAGUUCCUACACAGGACACCAAUCUGCCAUCCUCCUCCCCCACCACCGGAGUCUGCAAGGAAGAAUGCAAUAGAAUCUACCAGCCAGCUUGUGGUACUGAUAGUGUCACCUACAACAACCUCUGCCUUUUGGAGCUGGCCUCCUGCAACAAUGUCAACUCUGGUGGCUACGCCAUUAAGGUCGAUUACGAAGGGCCCUGUGUGGCCAGUGACACCGCAAUCUUCGUCUCGGCCAUGACUCCCCGACCUCCUACACCCACGUCCUUCGGAGGCUCCGCAGGGGAUACAGGUUUCGGAGGAGUCCAACCUCAUUCAGACACUUCAUUCGGAGCCUCUGGAGGGGAUACUACAGGCUUUGGAGGAUUCCAGUCCCAUUCAGACACUUCACUCGGAACCUCUGGAGGGGAUACUACAGGCUUUGGAGGAUUCCAGUCCCAUUCAGACACUUCACUCGGAGCCUCUGGAGGGGAUACUACAGGCUUUGGAGGGGCCCAGCCUCAUUCAGACUCGUCCUUUGGAGCCUCUGCAGGUGUUACAAGCUUCGGAGGUGCCCAGCCUCAUUCAGAUUCAUCCUUUGGAGCCUCCGCAGGGGAUACAGGCUUCGGAGGAUCUCAGCCUCAUUCGGAAGCAUCUUUCGGUAGCUCCGGAGGAGAUACAGGCUUCACGCAGGGAGGUGGAGCUGCCGUUGGAUCCUUCGGGGGUCACGAUGAUGGAUCGCCUUUGUCCUCGUGCCCUCAGGCGUGCACGAAGAUAUUCUCUCCCGUGUGUGGCAGCGAUGACCAGACCUACAACAACGAUUGCCUGCUCAAUGUUGCAGCUUGCCAGUCCCGAUCCGCGAGGACAGAGGCUAUUUUCAAGGUCUUCGAUGGGCCUUGUGUCGCCGUCCUGCCCAGAGGUCCCGCCUGCGACGAAUCCUGCGACAAGUCGUUUGUGCCAGUCUGUGGCAGCGACGGAGAGACGUACAACAACAUCUGUCUCCUGAAUGUCGCCAACUGCUUGAAUCCAUUCGCCUCCAUCACACACGUCAGCGACGGACCCUGUGAGGCCAGCACCCCACCAAGGCUGAGCACCGACCCUAGACCCAGCAUCAGUACAGAGGCCAGGCCAGACAUCGAUAUUACUGGAACACACGGAGGCGCCGUACAUGGUGGUCAGCAAAGCCAGUCACCGAAUCAAGAAUACAUCCCACCAGUUUAAGUGCGUGGACGUCACCGAGAAAGAGAGAGAUAGAGAGAGAGACACAGAGAGACAGCGACAGAGAGAGAUAGAGAGAGAGAGAGACAGAGAGACAGAGAGAGACAGAGAUAGAGAGAGAGAGAGAUAGAGAGAGAGAAAGAGAGAGAGAGAGAGAGAUGUUUCUGUAAACAAAACGCCAUCGCGUUUAUAGUUCAUGCCAAAACAUGUACAAGCGUGGAAUCUUUUCAGAAGACUUCCCUAUGAUGUGCAUAACAUUGGAUUAUUAGUGUUACCAUUUGUAGGCGUUUGGAGCGAAAGUUAUUUAUGAUUAAGGUCAUGAGGACAACUGGCGAGAAAGUCAGUACAAAUCAAUCAAAUCACAUUUUUCUGAAAGCUGAAAUAGUAAAAAUUAAGCUACCAGACACGUCCAUAUACACUGUUAAUCAUAUUACAGACUUUGAGAUAAUGUACACAACGACUGGAAAUUCACGUCUAUCUCCUUUUCGUAUUAAAAAACGAUUAAAUAAAACACAUGACAACCACAUAUAACACAGACGAACACCAACAUAUGAACGGACACCUACUAUAACAUGUGUAUCAUAUAAGGACUUAACCCAUGUUGCUACUGAGAUGAAAAAACCUUUUAUAUAAAAACAUAUGUAUUCGAGUGUUGUUAUCUAUGCGUGAUUAUAAGUAAUUAUUAGAU